GUCUUGAAUGUAUUAGUGUAAUACAACGCCAUGAAGAUACCGGUGUUAUUAUUGUGUUCUAUGGUAGCAGUAACAUGUGCAGUCGAGGUGAAGCGCAGCAGACGAUUCCCGAAACACUUCAUCUUCGGCACCAGCACCGCAGCUCAUCAAAUCGAGGGAGCAUGGGACGCAGAUGACAAAAGUGAGAGUAUCUGGGACUACUUAACCCACAACAAUCCGGGAGCCAUUUCAGACCAAAGCAAUGGUGACACAGCGUGCGACUCGUACCACAAGUACAAGCGCGACGUGGAGAUGAUGAGGGAGCUGGGCAUCGACUCGUACCGCUUCUCGGUGGUGUGGUCGCGCAUCCUGCCCAACGGCCUGGCGGACCGCGUCAGCGAGGCCGGCAUCGCCUACUACAACAACGUCAUCGACGAAGUGCUCAAGUACAACAUUCAGCCGAUGAUCACGCUCUACCACUGGGACUUGCCGCAGAAGCUGCAAGACAUGGGCGGCUUCCUCAACCCUCUCAUCGUGGACUGGUUCGCAGACUACGCCCGAGUCGUGUUCGACAACUUUGGCGAUAGAGUUAAGACUUUUAUCACAUUCAACGAGGCGGCGCAAGUUUGUCAUGACGGUUACGGUUCCGUAACGAAGGCGCUGAUGUUAAACAUUACAGAUGUUGGGGAAUUCAUUUGUGCGAAAAAUCUUAUUCUCGCUCACGCUAAGGCGUACCACGUGUAUAAUGAUGAGUUCAAGCCUGUACGGGGAGGAUCGUGUGGCUUCGCUAUAGCUGUAGGUGCUGCCAGCGUCGGACUGGCCAUACAGUCGAGGUGGCAUUUGCCAGCCGGGCCCCAGCCUGCACGGGCCCCCCCACAGGCCUGGGUUGAGAGGCAUGCGGCAACCUCAGCACAGGGGGGGGGGGGGGCCGCGCAGCGUGCCCCCUGUGCUACGGUUGCCCGCGUGCAUGUCUCGCAGCAUAAGCAAGAUUCAGAUUCACAAAGCGACGAAGAAAACGACGAAGAUGUUUUAGACUUAGACCAGGCAGCAAAGGACGCCAUGUGUUUUUCCAGAAGUGGUUUGGACUAUAGUUUGUUUAUCUCAGUAUUUUUCGAUAGUAUCCCAUCACCAUGGUCUAGUCUCGGGCCCCGGGAUUGUGAUCAGCCACCCGGGCCCUUCCGGCCCAGUCCGACCCUGGGUGCUGCACAGCCUAUUGUUGAUUCUGAAGAAGUUCUUCAUGCUGUAGAGUUAUUCAACCAGUUCCAGCAAAUGCCUAAAAGCCUGUACAUUGCACUGAAUGAAAUACAGAAAAGGUACGGUGAUAUACCUAUCUACGUGACCGAGAACGGCUGGUCAACCCGCGAGGGUAUUGAGGAUGACGAGCGCGUCGACUACUACAGAGACGCGCUGGAAGACGUGCUCGACGCUCUGGACGAGGGCAUCGACGUUAGGGGCUACUACGCCUGGAGUCUCAUGGACAACUUCGAGUGGCUGGCUGGUUACACGAAAAGUUUCGGAUUUUACGAAAUAAACUUUGCUGAUCCUGAACUUACACGCAUUCCGAGGAAAUCAGCUUUCAUCUAUAAACAGAUUAUUAAGACGCGAGAAAUUGUCUACGAUUACCAACCAGAGAGCUAUGUCAUGUCUAUCGACGCGGGACAUUGACAACUAAGACUGAGCUGAUUGUUAUUGGAAGUAAAUAACCAAUUGUAAUAAAUGAAAA